GGCUCGGCGUUGUUUCCUCCCCUUCCCUGGGCAGGUAGGGUGUGUGACGUCAGCCGUUGACAGGUGAAGCGAUCGCCGCCUCCGCCCCCCCCCCCCCGGGAAAACAAAUCGGUUGGAAAGAUGGUUGCAGCUGGGCGUUUGGGACCUGGACCGGGAGGUGCAAAGCGGGCCUCCCCGUUCGUGGCUUUCUACAUCUCCGCCUCUUUCCUCAUUCGUGGCGUACAGACUGUACCGGAGCCCGGUCUCUGGAGCCGGACGGUGGGGUCGAACCAUAAGCCACUGGUGUUUACAAAAACAAUGUUUAACAAAACAGAUAUUGUACUUGAAGUUGUAUCAUUCAGAUGUCCUGAGAAUGUAUCAUUAACAGUUGAGUGGUACCUCAGAUAUUACCCUUGUCACAAUGAAUUCAAUAACAUUAAAGACACAUAUGACUCAAGAUAUUUUGGCAGUGGUAUUCGUAAUAGUCUUGAACCUCACCCAUUAAGUGAAGGGCAAUACAUUGCACACAAGACUGAAAAUAUUGUCUGCAAUGACAAAAUUCAGGUCUUCCCAAAAUUCAAUAUGAGCCACGAUCUUCCAAAAUCAGUGGUGGUGCUGACACCAAAUAUAAAUGUGAAUGGAAGCAGCUCUGAAGUCAAGAUCACUGACUAUGUUCGUACAUCUGAAGAUAAGACAGUUCAUUCAUUAUGGAAAAGAGACAUCACAACUAAAAAGCAUGAUGUUAUAGCACAGACCUGGAGAGAUGGCCCAUAUCUUUUUAUUGUCUCAAUCAAAUCUCUUGGUGAAAGAAUUGAAAGCAAAUGGAAUUUAACAGUGCGAGUGUUAAUGCAAGGUUCCCAUGGAUAUAUCUCAGCAACUGAAUUUCCGCUUAUGGUUUUUUAUAUGGUGAUGUGCAUCCUAUACAUAAUUUAUGGAAUCCUGUGGUUGUUCUGGUCUGCAUGUUACUGGAAAGACCUAUUGAGAAUCCAGUUCUGGAUAGCUGGAGUUAUUUUUCUUGGGAUGUUGGAAAAAGCUGUUUUCUAUGCAGAAUACCAGAAUACUAAUACUCGUGGGAUAUCUGUGCAAGGUCUUCUAAUCUUUGCAGAGCUUAUUUCUGCAGUGAAAAGGACAUUGGCUCGUCUCCUUGUGAUAAUUGUAAGCUUGGGAUAUGGAAUAGUUAAACCUCGAUUGGGCACAGUAAUGCACAGAGUAAUUGGUUUGGGAGCACUCUACCUGGUUUUUGCAUCUGUCGAAGGAGUCUUGAGAAUUACAGGGGAUCGAAGAAGUGUGCCAGUUUUGGUGGCUGACAUAGCUUUAGCAUUAAUUGACUCCUGUUUUGUGUGGUUCAUAUUUGUCAGCCUAGCUCAAACAAUUAAGACACUGAAAUUAAGGAAAAAUACAGUGAAGUUGUCGCUAUACAGACAUUUUACCAAUACGUUAAUUUUGGCAAUUAUAGCAUCAGUUGGGUUUAUGGUAUGGACAACCAAAAAGUUCAGAUUAGCAACAUGUCAGUCAGAUUGGAUGGAAUUGUGGGUUGAUGAUGCUUUCUGGAGAUUCCUUUUCUCUGUCAUUCUCCUGGUCAUAAUGUUCCUUUGGAGACCAUCUGCAAAUAAUCAGAGGUAUGCAUUUACACCACUUAUUGAUGACCCAGAUGAUGAAAUGAAUGAAAUGGUUGGAGCAAACUUUGCUGAUGGAAUAAAGGUUAGAUUGUCCAAAGUGGGGAUUAAUGGUACAGCAAAACCAGGUUCAAAUAUGGAUGAAGAUUUAAAGUGGGUGGAAGAGAACAUACCUUCGAUUACAGAUGUUGCACUCCCGAUGUUGCUGGAUUCGGAUGAAGAAAUAAUGACAACCAAAUAUGAAAUGUCAAAGAUGGAAUGAAGUUUUGUGCAAUGUGAACCUGUGUUUUACAGUGAAAUUCUUUGUGAAGCUGUGACUUCUGCAACAUAUGGAGUCCAAGGAUGAAUAAAGAAAUGUUGCAGAUGGCAAGAGCUGUUAGAGGCUACCAGAGAUGAACUACAUUGUUUGUUUACUUUGUGUGCAAUUUCAUAUUCAAAUUUUAUUUUUACUUUCAUAUUUGAAGUUCAAAAAAAAGUCAAUGUAGCAGAAAAUCUUAACUCUGCACUACAAACAGACUUUGCUACAAGUCUCCUUCAAAUUAGUAUGAGAACUCAAUUUUCCAUAAUUCCUCAUUUCCCCUUAACUCUUGGAAUGAAAUGUUCCCCUGUGGGUUGAUGCUGAUUUAGAACUUUUUUCCUUAAGAUAUUAUUCCAUUAAUUUAGCCGACAUAAAUUGCAAGAAGUAUCUUGAAAUAUUCUAUUGACAGUUACUUGGUCUUAAUUUCACAUCCUCCUAUGGAGCUGGUGGCUGUUUUUGGUAGCAUUGACCCACAGCAUACCCCACAAAUCACUUAUACAUGCAGUUGUCUUUCGUUUUGAAUAUGGAUAUAUGGAUGAAUAUUGCUGUAAGGACAUCAGUAAAUAUUUUCUGUAAAUAAAAACAGUCGUGACCAUGCUAGAAGGAAAAUGGAUGUUAGGAAGCACCUGCAAAGCCAUGUUCUAUCUAAUCUCAAUUGUACUUCGUUUUUAAAUAAUGAAAAUAAUUGAUUUUGUAAAUGUCUGAAUUAAUGAAGCAGAUCUAACUAAGUGGACUUGUAAAAUGUAAAUUGACAUUGCUCAAACAUUAUUGUAAUACUGAAUUCAUCAGUCGUCUGUUAGUAACAAAAUGAGUAGCCAGCUGAUUUCUGAGGCCUUCAAUCUUUGCUGUUGCUGGAGUAACAACACUUGUUUCUGUCAAAGUUUGCUGUUUUGGUGGAGUCAAAACAAACAAUUCAAAUAUAUUUUAAAUUUAUGUUUUUCCUACCCAACAAAGCAUUGUCUUUCUUAGAUAGGUAUAAUGCUACUUUUUUUUAAAGGUCCUCAAUCCAGCUGGGUUCCUGAUCACUGAAAAGGUAUAAAACUGGUAUCCUAGGAGUGCUGGUGAUUCUCUUCUUUUGCUCCAGUUCUGAUUUCUCUCACUUUACCUCCCUUUUUCUUAAUGAGCUGAGAUCAAUAGUUUGAUAGAUGGACAAUUGCAAACCUGUUCUCCCACUAUGCUACAGCACAAUGUCGUACCAUCAAGACAUUGCUGAUAACUAACUAUUUUUGUUAAUGAAUUUUAUUUACUUUUUAAUUGCCUGUGUUUUGCCCAAUGAUUGGUGCAGUCCAUGUCUGUUUUAAAACUGUGCCCUGUGAAAGAAUUACCAGUAUUCAAUUUCAAGGCACAACUCUAUUUUUGCAUCAAUUUAAUUGUGGUAAUAGGAGUACCAUUUUAAAUAGCCUUGGAGGGUAUUACAGAAAGUCUUUGAAAUGGGAAAUUAUUUUGGAUAAUUCUGCAAUAUAUUUUUGUCAAACUACUAAAUAUGCAAAUAAACCGUGAAAUUAAUAGCAA